GCUUUAGCUUUGUUUGUUGUCUCAAAUCGUGCUAAAUCUUUGAUUCCCGAGCGUUUUUCUUUUUCCCUAUUUUCGGAACUAUUUUUGGGGAAUUUUCGUUCAUCAUGUUUGAGCCCGAAUCUCGUGAGAUUGGUUGAAGGGAAAUGUUGCUAGAACCUUGGAGAGCAUCUUUGAUAUGAUCCCCUUUCAAAUCCUUCACGAAUCCGGCUUGAUUUUGAGUUUUUCCCAAAUCGUGUUCUUGAGUUAGGGUUUCGGUUUUCUCCAAAAUUAGUGAUGAAUUCUUGAGCUUUUCAGGAUUAGUUUCAUGGAUCUAUUUGCCCUUGGGGUAUUGCAUCCUUGUCUCAAGUUUCAUCUCGAUUCAUGAAGAUUUGAAAGAGAAUUUCUCGUUCGAAGUCGGAGGUGUUGUUCUCGGUGUUCUUGCUGUUCUUCGUUGUUCCUGUGUCUGUUCGUGCGUCGUCUUUUCUCUUGCGCAGGAGGCAUCGGGCAGCUCACGUGCACGGGACACACGCGUGCCAGAUGCAAAGCAGAUCAGAGCAAGGAGGCGGCCCAGCAAGCAGCAAAAGCUGCGGCCCAGGUGCAUGUGCAGCAGGCCAGCAAGCAGCGGUCCACGCAGCAGCAUUUGUGGGCCGGCAGCGCAACAGGCCACCAGGCCGCACGUCCACGGCCCGCACGCAAGGCAACUCUGGUCUAGCAGUUCAGGUUAAGUAGCGCAAGCAUCAGGAUAACGAAGUUGUUGUUUCCCGAGAUCUAUUCAAUGCCGGACUUCGCUUUCCUCUUGACCCUGUCGUCAUAGAAAUUCUGCUCAAGUACCAAACAUAUUUCUGCAUGAGUUGACUCCUAAUGGAGUACUUCGCUUGAGUAUCUUCAUGUGGGUGUGCAAGACUAUGGGUGUCGCUCCCACCGCCGAGAACUUCUCUCGAGCUCACGUGGUUCAUCAGCAACCCAAAUACAUUGAGCGCAUUGGUGAGAAUGGUAAAUUAGUUAAAGAAGAAGCUCAGUUUGGAUGUGCCUCAACUUCUGCUACAGGGCCGAGAGCUCUACCCCCGUGAUCUCGUACAAGAAUAAAUGGGAUGAUGACGGGAACUGUUUUUGGUUCUACCAUACUGUCGAAGUGAAUCCUGAGACUGGUACCAAUCCUCUCGUUUGCAAGCAAUUUCGUGAAAUACCCAAAGACAUGUCUUGCGAGGUUGAAGACCAGGACACUUCUCGGCUUUUUAUGUUUGCCUUUCAAGAGCUGGCGAAGUCGUAUGGCACGUGGGACCUGGUUGAGGAGUAUUGUGCUGUUAAGAUUUUUCCUGUGAGAGCCAGCUGGACUAUCGCUGCUUGGAAAGAAUUCUCUAGCCCAAUCAAGAUUUUUGACUUCGCUCGUAGUUUUAACCUGACGAAGGAUGAUAUUGAUGUCAAAGACGUGGAGGAGAGGGCCAACAUCAUCUUGGACCCAGAAAGCGCCAAAGAGUACAAUGAGCUAGAGAAGAGGCCAGACAGUUCUUGCAGUAAUUGAGUCUUUGAGUUCUUCAAAAGUUCGAGUGGCACACGCGAAGCCACAUUACUUCACAAAUAAGCUACGCUAAAACGCGCCCUUAAGAAAGGCACUGCCACUACAGAUGAAGCUGCUGCUCUUCCAGCCCCUCGUGGCAAAAGGCAGAGUAAAUGGAAGAAAUCUUCGGUUCCUCACACUCAAAAGCAUUCUCGCUCUAAGCCUACUGCUUCGGCGGAAGUUGUUGAAUCCAGCCCCGAAGAGAGCGAGAAUCAAGGUGCUGGUUCUGACCCCGAGGAAGACAAAAGGAAUUUUUUAGAUGACGCAUUGAAUGUGAGUCCCAGUCACGAAGAUGAUAUUGAGAUCACUUCACCCGCAGCCCAACAUGGUACCGAAGACCAGGUUUCUCGCCCACUUAUCCCUGCUGAAGCUGCUGUUGGCACUGCUAGCAAGCCGUUUGAGAUCCAAUAUAGUGAUGACGAGCCUCCACUUCACCGAUCUCGCGACCGCAGCCCUCCACCCGAGCCGCGCGCCCCUGCGCCCGAGGUGGUACCUGGUCAGUUGGCACUUGUACCUCACGAAGAGGAGGCUUCUGCUGAACAAGUCGCCACUGCAGGGAUUGUGACCUUGGCGGGGCGAUCUACUCAGGACAUUUCAGAGCAUGAUCAGGGUUCUGAUUCGGAGACAGAAAGCGAUGAUCCUAGUAGUGCCCUUUUCAUGAGCGCAGAGCCCCCUACUGCCGUUGCUAAUCGACUUGACCUGGCGGAGGGCACACUUCUUUUUGGUGGUACUCAACGCAAGGUGCUGCACUUCUCUAGUGGUCACCGGGUACGCAGUGAUUUACAAAAAGCUCAAGAUAGCUUUAGCUUUCUCAUUAUGGAAGAGGACCUUGGCCAAGAGAGUGCUGAAGAAAUAUUGACGCAUGCCCAAGAUUUGUCUAUGAAGGCAUUCGUUGCCUGCCAUGUUGCUCAACGGCGCGUUCGCGAAGACCUGCGGCAGAGUGAGUUGUCUAAACAAUCUUCUGAAAGUGCGCUCUCCAAAGAGAUCAAAGUUGUGAAAAAACUUCAGUUUGAGAAAGAGACUUUGGCUACUGCCCUUGACACUGAAAAGAACAAAUCUAUUUUGCUUGAGGUUGAGAAAAAUUCCCUUUCGAAGAGAAACGAAGAGCUUGAGGCCGAAGUUGAGAGACUUCGCGCCCUUGCACAAGCCGCUGAGAACGAAAAGUCUCGUGCUGACCAGCUCCAACUUUCUCUUGACGCGAAGUGGCAAGAGGUUGAACAAUUAACGUGUUUGCGAUCGGAGUUUAAGAAGUUGAAGAAAGAUCAUCAAGAAUAUACUGAUGCUAUUGAUGAGUGCUUCCAUUAUAUCCAUGCUGAAAUGAAGAAAACACUCACUGGCUUUGGUUCAGCUCCUCCUCCACUCAACCUUAAAGACUACAUGAUCGGUGACAUUCUGAAAUGGGUUGUGGAUGGCAUUCAGUCCCUUGGAGUCAAUGGGCGUGCAUUUGGGGAUUUGGGUGCUGCAGUAUCUGCGCGAACUCUUGCUCAUGCUAUUUGUUCACUCAUGACUACACCCAUAGAUGGCAGCGAGCUGGUUAUCUCGAAGUCAGACUUGCACCGACUUCACGACCGUGAUUAUGCUUGGCCUAACAAUGUCUCUGCUGACAAGAUAUUCCUCCCUUUCCUAAGAACAUCGUGAAGAAUUUUAUGCGGGGUUUCUUCCAGCGAGCUGGUUAUGCACUCACUGUAGAAGAAGGACAUCAUCUUUUUCAACAGGUCCAAGCGCUAGAGCUGGUCCCUUCGGUAUGACACCUGCAGAUCCUACGACUACUACUUCGCAAGGAGCCCCUGUCGCUACCACUGCUGCUGCUUCUACGUAACCUUCUACUGAUGUAGGUCAUAGUGGAGAGGUGCGAGGGAUAUUGUUUAAGCUCUUGGCUUGUAAACAUUGUGGCUGGAUUUCACUUCUUUUGUACUAAAACAAUAGUGGUUCCUGCGCAGGUGCCAGAGUUGGUCCCUACCCAGGUUACUAAAGGUGUGUUGCCUGUGACUUUGAAUCGUGGUGACUACUUUAUGUUUGGUUCGUUAUGGUGUAAAUUCCACACUAAGUUUCCCAUAGUUUCGUUUCA